AUGUUGUUCGCGGUUGCUGUUGUCCUCUCGCUUUUUGUUUUUACUUCGUCUACGGUCAUCAGCACUUGCAGCGAUACUUGCUUCACGGGGGCUUUCGCCAAGACUGAUUGUUCUGUGAGAGAUUCGUACUGCAUUUGCAGCUCAGAAGUGUUCGCAGCCAAAUUCACCGACUGCCUUGGAGAAUCGUGCUCGUCAGAGGAUCCCGAGACUCUCUUCAAGAAGAUCGAGAGCUUCUGUGAAGCGGUUGGAGGUGUAGAGAAGCGCGACGCAGCGCCCGAGGCCAACAACAACCCGCCAUCAUGGUGGAAGGGUGGUUUCCGUGGCGGACAGUCUGGCAGCAGGUGGCCAUGGAAGCCGCAGCCAGGGGACAAGACGCCAUGGAAGCCUGGCAACAAGUGGCCUUGGAAGCCACAGCCUGGUCAAGGGCAACCGCCUCACAAUGGUGGAGGGUGGCAACCACCAAAACCUCCUCACAACCCAACGAAGCCGGAUGGUCCUCAUUUCCCGACGAAGCCGCACGAUCCGCAUCAUACAGCAUGGUAUGAUUGA